AUGAGUUCCGACGCUGAGAUGGCGAUUUUUGGGGAGGCUGCUCCUUACCUCCGAAAGUCUGAAAAGGAGCGCAUUGAGGCCCAGAACAAGCCAUUCGAUGCCAAGUCAUCUGUCUUUGUGGUGGACGCCAAAGAAUCCUAUGUGAAAAGUACAGUUCAAAGCAGGGAAGGAGGGAAGGUGACAGUGAAAACUGAAGCUGGUGCUACUGUCACAGUUAAGGAAGAUCAAGUCUUCUCCAUGAAUCCUCCCAAAUAUGACAAGAUCGAGGACAUGGCCAUGAUGACCCACUUGCACGAGCCCGCCGUGCUGUACAACCUCAAAGAGCGUUACGCAGCCUGGAUGAUCUACACCUACUCGGGCCUCUUCUGUGUCACCGUCAACCCCUACAAGUGGCUGCCGGUGUACAACGCAGAGGUGGUGACGGCCUACCGAGGCAAAAAGCGCCAGGAGGCCCCGCCCCACAUCUUCUCCAUCUCUGACAACGCCUAUCAGUUCAUGCUGACUGAUCGUGAGAACCAGUCAAUCCUGAUUACCGGAGAAUCUGGUGCAGGGAAGACUGUGAACACGAAACGUGUCAUCCAGUACUUUGCAACAAUUGCAGUGACUGGCGAGAAGAAGAAGGAGGAGGCCACGCCUGGGAAAAUGCAGGGGACACUUGAAGAUCAAAUCAUCAGUGCCAACCCUCUACUGGAGGCCUUUGGAAAUGCCAAGACCGUGAGGAAUGACAACUCUUCACGCUUUGGUAAAUUCAUCAGAAUCCACUUUGGUGCCACAGGCAAACUGGCUUCUGCAGAUAUUGAAACAUAUCUGCUAGAGAAGUCCCGAGUAACUUUCCAGCUAAAGGCUGAAAGGAGCUACCACAUAUUUUAUCAAAUCAUGUCCAACAAAAAACCAGAGCUUAUUGAAAUGCUUUUGAUCACCACCAACCCAUACGACUUUGCAUUUGUCAGUCAAGGUGAAAUUACAGUGCCCAGCAUAGAUGACCAGGAAGAGCUGAUGGCCACAGAUAGUGCUGUGGACAUUCUGGGUUUCAGUGCUGAUGAAAAGGUGGCCAUUUACAAGCUCACAGGGGCUGUAAUGCAUUACGGCAACAUGAAGUUCAAGCAAAAGCAAAGGGAAGAGCAAGCUGAACCAGACGGCACUGAAGUUGCUGACAAGGCUGCAUACCUGACAAGUCUCAACUCCGCUGACCUGCUCAAAGCCCUCUGCUACCCCAGGGUGAAAGUCGGCAAUGAGUACGUCACCAAAGGCCAGACUGUGCAGCAGGUGUACAACUCAGUGGGUGCACUGGCCAAGGCCAUCUAUGAGAAGAUGUUCCUGUGGAUGGUCACCCGCAUCAACCAGCAGCUGGACACCAAGCAGCCCCGGCAGGCAAUGUCCAAAGCCAACAGUGAGGUUGCCCAGUGGAGGACCAAAUAUGAGACGGACGCCAUCCAGCGCACGGAGGAGCUGGAGGAGGCCAAGAAGAAGCUGGCCCAGCGUCUGCAGGAUGCUGAGGAGCAUGUAGAAGCUGUGAAUUCCAAAUGUGCUUCCCUUGAAAAGACGAAGCAGCGGCUGCAGAACGAAGUGGAGGACCUCAUGAUUGAUGUGGAAAGAUCGAAUGCUGCCUGCGCAGCUCUGGACAAGAAGCAAAGGAACUUCGACAAGGUUCUGGCAGAAUGGAAACAGAAGUAUGAGGAAACCCAGGCUGAACUGGAGGCCUCCCAGAAGGAGUCUCGCUCUCUCAGCACUGAGCUCUUCAAGGUGAAGAACGCCUAUGAGGAAUCCCUGGACCAACUUGAAACCCUGAAGAGAGAAAACAAGAACUUACAACAGGAGAUUUCAGACCUGACUGAACAAAUUGCAGAGGGAGGCAAGCAUAUUCAUGAACUGGAGAAAGUCAAGAAACAGAUUGACCAAGAGAAGAGUGAACUGCAGGCUGCUCUGGAGGAAGCUGAGGCAUCCCUUGAGCAUGAGGAAGGCAAAAUUCUUCGCAUCCAGCUUGAGUUAAAUCAGGUGAAAUCUGAGAUUGACCGGAAAAUUGCUGAGAAGGAUGAAGAAAUCGAUCAGCUGAAGAGGAACCACCUUCGAGUCGUGGAGUCCAUGCAGAGCACGCUGGAUGCUGAGAUCAGGAGCAGGAACGAUGCCCUGAGGAUCAAGAAGAAGAUGGAGGGAGACCUCAAUGAGAUGGAAAUCCAGCUGAACCACGCCAACCGCCAGGCUGCGGAGGCAAUUAGGAAUCUUAGGAACACACAAGGAAUCCUGAAGGACACUCAGUUACAUCUGGAUGAUGCCAUCAGAGGCCAAGAUGACCUGAAAGAGCAGUUGGCAAUGGUUGAGCGCAGAGCUAACCUGAUGCAGGCUGAGAUUGAAGAGCUCAGAGCAUCCCUGGAACAGACUGAGAGGAGCAGGAAGGUGGCAGAACAAGAACUUCUGGACGCCAGUGAGCGUGUGCAACUCCUACACACCCAGAACACCAGCCUGAUUAACACCAAGAAGAAGCUCGAGACAGACAUUUCCCAGAUCCAGGGAGAAAUGGAGGACAUUGUCCAGGAAGCCCGCAACGCGGAAGAGAAGGCCAAGAAGGCCAUCACUGACGCCGCCAUGAUGGCCGAGGAGCUGAAGAAGGAACAGGACACCAGCGCCCACCUGGAGAGGAUGAAGAAGAACAUGGAACAGACCGUGAAGGACCUGCAGCACCGUCUGGACGAGGCUGAGCAGCUGGCCCUGAAGGGCGGCAAGAAGCAGAUACAGAAACUGGAGGCCAGAGUAAGGGAGCUUGAAAAUGAGGUUGAAAAUGAACAGAAGCGCAACGUGGAGGCUGUCAAGGGUCUCCGCAAGCAUGAGAGACGAGUGAAGGAGCUCACUUACCAGACUGAGGAGGACCGCAAGAAUGUUAUCAGAUUGCAGGACUUAGUGGACAAGCUACAGACCAAAGUCAAAGCUUACAAGAGACAAGCUGAAGAGGCUGAAGAACAAUCCAACGUCAACCUCUCCAAGUUCCGCAAGAUCCAGCACGAGCUGGAGGAGGCCGAGGAGCGGGCUGACAUCGCCGAGUCCCAGGUCAACAAGCUGCGGGUGAAGAGCCGGGAGGUUCACACCAAAGUCAUAACCAUGAGCUCAUCAGAUGCUGAGAUGGCCGUUUUUGGCGAAGCUGCUCCUUACCUUCGAAAAUCAGAAAAGGAGCGAAUUGAGGCACAAAACAAGCCUUUUGAUGCAAAAACAUCUGUCUUUGUUGCGGAGCCUAAAGAAUCCUACGUGAAGAGUGUCAUCCAAAGCAAGGAAGGAGGGAAAAUAAUUGUUAAGACUGAAGGUGGAGCAACUCUAACUGUCAAGGAAGACCAAGUCUUCCCCAUGAACCCUCCCAAAUACGACAAGAUCGAGGACAUGGCCAUGAUGACCCACCUGCACGAGCCUGGGGUGCUGUACAACCUCAAAGAGCGUUACGCAGCCUGGAUGAUCUAUACCUACUCGGGCCUCUUCUGUGUCACCGUCAAUCCGUACAAGUGGCUGCCGGUGUACAACCCAGAGGUGGUGGCUGCCUACCGAGGCAAAAAGCGCCAGGAGGCCCCACCCCACAUCUUCUCCAUCUCUGACAAUGCCUAUCAGUUCAUGCUGACUGACCGUGAGAAUCAGUCCAUCCUCAUCACUGGAGAAUCCGGGGCAGGAAAGACUGUGAACACAAAGCGUGUCAUCCAGUACUUUGCAACAAUUGCAGUGACUGGAGAGAAGAAAAAAGAUGAACCUGGCAAAAUGCAGGGGACUCUGGAAGAUCAAAUCAUCAGUGCCAACCCUCUACUGGAGGCCUUUGGCAAUGCCAAGACCGUGCGGAAUGACAAUUCCUCACGCUUUGGUAAAUUCAUAAGAAUCCACUUUGGUACUACAGGGAAGCUGGCUUCUGCUGAUAUUGAAACAUAUCUUCUAGAAAAGUCUAGAGUUACUUUCCAGUUAAAGGCAGAAAGAAGUUAUCAUAUUUUUUAUCAGAUAACUUCCAAUAAGAAGCCAGAUCUGAUUGAAAUGCUCCUGAUCACCACCAACCCGUAUGACUACGCCUUCGUCAGUCAGGGAGAGAUCACUGUCCCCAGCAUCGAUGACCAAGAAGAACUGAUGGCCACCGAUAGUGCCAUUGACAUCUUGGGAUUUACUCCUGAAGAGAAAGUGUCCAUCUACAAACUCACAGGGGCCGUGAUGCACUAUGGGAACAUGAAAUUCAAACAAAAGCAGCGCGAGGAGCAGGCUGAGCCAGAUGGCACUGAAGUUGCUGACAAGGCAGCCUAUCUCCAGAACCUGAACUCCGCUGACCUGCUCAAAGCCCUCUGCUACCCCAGGGUGAAGGUCGGCAAUGAGUAUGUCACCAAAGGGCAGACCGUGCAGCAGGUAUACAAUGCAGUGGGGGCGCUGGCCAAGGCCGUCUAUGAGAAGAUGUUCCUGUGGAUGGUCACCCGCAUCAACCAGCAGCUGGACACCAAGCAGCCCCGGCAGUACUUCAUCGGGGUCCUGGACAUUGCUGGCUUCGAGAUCUUUGAUUUCAACAGCCUGGAGCAGCUGUGCAUCAACUUCACCAACGAGAAACUGCAACAGUUUUUCAACCACCACAUGUUCGUGCUGGAGCAGGAGGAGUACAAGAAGGAAGGCAUCGAGUGGACCUUCAUCGACUUUGGGAUGGACCUGGCAGCCUGCAUUGAGCUCAUCGAAAAGCCAUUAGGAAUCUUCUCCAUCCUGGAAGAGGAGUGCAUGUUCCCCAAGGCUACAGACACCUCCUUCAAAAACAAGCUGUAUGACCAGCAUCUGGGCAAGUCAGCCAACUUCCAAAAGCCUAAGGUGGUGAAAGGCAAGGCUGAGGCCCACUUUUCCCUGGUGCACUAUGCCGGCACUGUGGACUACAACAUCACCGGCUGGCUCGACAAGAACAAGGACCCCCUGAAUGACACCGUGGUUGGGCUGUACCAGAAGUCUGCCAUGAAGACUCUAGCCAGUCUCUUUUCCACAUAUGCUAGUGCUGAAGCAGGUACCUUCUUUGUCUUCAGGUUGAACCUACAGCCAGGGAAUGAACGAGCUAAGAAGAAGGGCUCCUCUUUCCAGACUGUGUCAGCCCUUUUCAGGGAAAACUUAAACAAGCUGAUGACCAAUCUGAGGAGCACACACCCCCACUUUGUACGGUGCAUCAUCCCCAACGAGACCAAAACGCCUGGGGCCAUGGAGCAUGAGCUUGUGCUGCACCAGCUGAGGUGUAACGGUGUCCUCGAAGGCAUUAGGAUCUGCAGGAAGGGGUUCCCCAGCAGGAUCUUAUACGGAGAUUUUAAACAAAGAUACAAAGUAUUAAAUGCAAGCGCUAUUCCAGAGGGGCAGUUCAUUGACAGCAAGAAAGCUUCAGAAAAACUUCUUGCCUCUAUCGAUAUUGAUCACACCCAAUAUAAAUUUGGACAUACAAAGGUUUUCUUUAAAGCUGGACUUCUGGGUCUGCUGGAAGAAAUGAGAGAUGACAAAUUGGCCCAAAUUAUAACAAGAACUCAAGCAGUUUGUAGGGGAUUCCUAAUGAGGGUGGAGUAUCAGAAGAUGUUGCAAAGAAGAGAGUCCAUCUUCUGCAUCCAAUACAACGUCCGUGCCUUUAUGAACGUCAAGCACUGGCCCUGGAUGAAGCUGUUCUUCAAGAUCAAGCCGCUGCUGAAGAGUGCGGAGACGGAGAAGGAGAUGGCCACCAUGAAGGAAGAGUUUGCGAAAACCAAAGAGGAGCUCGCCAAGUCAGAGGCCAAGAGGAAGGAGCUGGAGGAAAAAAUGGUCACUCUCUUGAAAGAGAAAAAUGACCUACAACUCCAGGUCCAAUCUGAGGCUGAUGCCUUGGCGGAUGCCGAGGAAAGGUGUGAUCAACUGAUUAAAAACAAAAUCCAGUUAGAGGCCAAAAUCAAAGAGAUCACUGAGAGAGCUGAGGAUGAGGAAGAGAUCAAUGCUGAGCUGACAGCCAAGAAGAGGAAGCUGGAGGAUGAAUGCUCAGAGCUGAAGAAAGACAUCGAUGACCUUGAGCUGACACUGGCCAAGGUUGAAAAGGAGAAGCAUGCCACAGAGAACAAAGUGAAAAACCUCACAGAGGAGAUGGCAGGCCUGGAUGAGACCAUUGCAAAGCUGACCAAGGAGAAGAAAGCCCUGCAGGAGGCCCACCAGCAGACGCUGGAUGACCUGCAGGCAGAGGAGGACAAAGUGAACAGCCUGACCAAGGCCAAAACCAAGCUGGAGCAGCAAGUGGACGAUCUGGAAGGGUCUCUGGAGCAAGAAAAGAAACUUCGCAUGGACCUAGAAAGAGCAAAGAGGAAACUGGAAGGUGACCUAAAGUUGGCCCAAGAAUCCACAAUGGACAUAGAAAAUGACAAGCAACAACUUGAUGACAAACUCAAAAAGAAAGAAUUUGAAAUAAGCAAUCUGAUAAGUAAAAUUGAAGAUGAACAAGCAGUAGAAAUUCAACUACAGAAAAAGAUCAAAGAACUGCAGGCCCGCAUUGAGGAACUGGAGGAGGAAAUCGAGGCAGAACGGACUUCCCGCGCCAAGGCAGAAAAGCAGCGCUCCGACCUCUCCCGGGAGCUGGAGGAGAUCAGCGAACGUCUGGAAGAGGCUGGAGGGGCAACUUCUGCUCAGGUAGAGAUGAACAAGAAGCGGGAGGCUGAGUUCCAGAAACUGCGCAGGGACCUGGAGGAGGCCACCCUGCAGCACGAGGCCACGGCGGCCACGCUGAGGAAGAAGCACGCGGACAGUGUGGCUGAACUCGGGGAGCAGAUCGACAACCUGCAGAGGGUCAAACAAAAGCUGGAGAAGGAGAAGAGCGAGCUCAAGAUGGAGAUCGACGACCUGAGCAGCAAUGCAGAGGCCAUAUCCAAAGCCAAGGGAAACCUUGAAAAAAUGUGCCGAACACUAGAGGAUCAAGUGAGUGAACUGAAGGCCAAGGAGGAAGAGCAGCAGCGGCUGAUCAAUGACCUGACAGCACAGCGGUCGCGCCUGCAGACUGAAGCAGGUGAAUACUCCCGACAACUAGAUGAGAAAGAUGUUUUAGUUUCUCAGCUUUCAAGGGGCAAACAGGCAUCUACUCAGCAGAAUGAGGAGCUAAAGCGUCAGCUAGAGGAAGAAAUGAAAGCCAAGAACGCCCUGGCCCACGCCCUGCAGUCCUCCCGCCAUGACUGCGACCUGCUGCGGGAACAGUAUGAGGAGGAGCAGGAAGCCAAGGCCGAGCUGCAGAGGGCGCUGUCCAAGGCCAACAGUGAGGUUGCCCAGUGGAGGACCAAAUACGAGACGGACGCCAUCCAGCGCACGGAGGAGCUGGAGGAGGCCAAGAAGAAGCUGACACAGCGUCUGCAGGAUGCUGAGGAGCACGUUGAAGCUGUCAAUGCUAAAUGUGCUUCUCUUGAAAAGACGAAGCAGAGGCUGCAGAACGAAGUGGAGGACCUCAUGCUCGACGUGGAAAGAUCGAAUGCUGCCUGCGCAGCUCUGGACAAAAAGCAAAGGAACUUUGAUAAGGUCCUAUCAGAAUGGAGACAGAAGUAUGAGGAAACUCAGGCUGAACUGGAGGCCUCCCAGAAGGAGUCUCGCUCUCUCAGCACUGAGCUCUUCAAGGUGAAGAAUGCCUAUGAGGAAUCCCUGGACCAACUUGAAAUGUUGAAGAGGGAAAAUAAGAACUUGCAACAGGAGAUUUCUGACCUCACAGAGCAGAUUGCCGAGGGAGGGAAGCAAAUUCAUGAGUUGGAGAAAAUAAAGAAGCAAGUGGAACAAGAGAAAUGUGAUAUCCAGGCUGCCUUAGAAGAAGCAGAGGCUUCUCUUGAACAUGAAGAAGGAAAGAUCCUGCGUAUCCAGCUUGAGUUGAACCAAGUCAAGUCUGAAAUUGAUAGGAAAAUUGCAGAAAAAGAUGAGGAAAUUGACCAGCUGAAGAGGAACCACAUUCGAAUUGUGGAAACCAUGCAGAGCACACUGGAUGCUGAGAUCAGAAGCAGAAAUGAUGCUCUGAGAGUCAAGAAGAAGAUGGAAGGAGAUUUGAAUGAAAUGGAAAUCCAGCUGAAUCAUGCCAACCGCUUGGCUGCUGAGAGCCUGAGAAACUAUAGGAACACCCAAGGUGUCCUCAAGGACACGCAGCUCCACCUGGACGACGCUCUGCGGGGCCAGGAGGACCUGAAGGAGCAGCUGGCGAUCGUGGAGCGCAGAGGCAACCUGCUGCAGGCAGAGGUGGAGGAGCUGCGGGCCUCCCUGGAGCAGACAGAGCGGAGCAGGAAGAUGGCUGAGCAGGAGCUGCUGGACGCCAGCGAGCGGGUGCAGCUGCUGCAUACCCAGAACACCAGCCUGAUCAACACCAAGAAGAAACUGGAAAAUGAUGUCUCACAACUCCAGAGUGAAGUAGAAGAAGCAAUUCAAGAAUCACGCAAUGCAGAAGAGAAGGCUAAGAAGGCCAUCACUGAUGCCGCCAUGAUGGCCGAGGAGCUGAAGAAGGAGCAGGACACCAGCGCGCACCUGGAGCGGAUGAAGAAGAACAUGGAGCAGACGGUGAAGGACUUGCAGCACCGUCUGGACGAGGCUGAGCAGCUGGCCCUGAAGGGCGGCAAGAAGCAGAUCCAGAAACUGGAGGCCAGAGUACGGGAGCUUGAAGGCGAAGUUGAAAAUGAACAGAAACGUAAUGCGGAGGCUGUUAAGGGUAUUAGGAAGCACGAGAGAAGAGUGAAAGAGCUCACCUACCAGACUGAGGAAGAUCGCAAGAAUGUCCUCAGGCUGCAGGACUUGGUAGAUAAACUGCAGGCGAAAGUGAAAUCAUACAAGAGGCAGGCAGAGGAAGCUGAGGAACAAUCCAAUGCUAACCUCGCUAAAUUCCGCAAACUCCAGCACGAGCUGGAAGAGGCUGAGGAGCGGGCUGACAUCGCUGAGUCCCAGGUCAACAAGCUGAGGGUGAAGAGCCGGGAGGUCCACACCAAAGUCAGUGCAGAAUAA